GUGUCAUCGACUCAUCGUGUGGUAGAGAUAGAGAAGUUCUCUUACCUUGUUUUUCUUUUGUUGGCUCCUUUACUCCUUUGACCAUAAGAGAAAGAAACGGCUAGGAUCUCGCCUACGCAACUGGCGGAGACAAAUCGGGACCGUUGAAGAAAGAAAGAAGCGCGUCCAAAAAUCUCAGUGUCCCAUCUUUGUCCCCUUGCCUCUCACUUGCCCCCUCAUGCUCCCGACAUCGUCAUAAUUCCCCAUUAUCUCUCUUUAACCCUAAUUUCAAUGGCAAGUUUCCUUAUAUAAACCUCUCUCUCUCCCUUUCCUUUCCUCAAACCCACAAGCAAACUCCAUCGCAUUUCAAGGAUCUUAUCAAGAAGAAGAACAACUACCGAAAGUAGCAGAAAGAAGAAGAAGAAGAAGAGAGUUUGCUUAGUUUGAUACAACAAGUAAAGUGAGAGAAUAUGGCGUAUGAGGAAAUCAUCAACGGGCUUAACCUUAAGGACACAGAGCUUCGUUUGGGAUUACCCGGAACAGAAGAAGAAGAACAACAACAACUUCAAGAGGUUUCUUGCGUCAGAAGCAACAAGCGUCAGUUUCAUGAGACAACCGAUGAACACAACCUAAAAGAAGAAUCUUCUCCUCCUGCUAAAACACAAAUCGUUGGUUGGCCUCCAGUGAGAUCAAACCGGAAGAACAACAACAAAAACGUGAGUUAUAUGAAAGUGAGUAUGGACGGAGCUCCUUACCUCCGUAAGAUAGAUCUCAAGAUGUACAAAAACUACAGUGAGCUUCUCAAGGCACUCGAGAACAUGUUCAAAUUCACAAUUGGUGAAUAUUCCGAGAGAGAAGGAUACAAAGGAUCUGGAUUUGUUCCGACCUAUGAGGACAAAGAUGGAGAUUGGAUGCUUGUUGGUGAUGUUCCAUGGGACAUGUUCUCUUCAUCUUGCCAAAAACUCAGAAUCAUGAAACGAUCCGAAGCUCCUCCUGCCUCAUGAUUUCAAACAUACAAACCUUUUGAUUUUUGGCAAAACUGCAUCUCAAAAAUUUCUAGCUACUUUAUUUAGAAAUCUUUUAGAUCUGAAAAAGUUUUGUGUAAAGAAAGAUAUGUACAAUAGGAAUACAGUUAUAGAUGUAAAACUAGAUUGUUAUUUCUGUAAGCUCAAUUUUGCUUAUAUACAAGUUCUUGCUGAUUCGAAUUCAUAUCAAAUAUGCAUCCUACCAUUUUUAUACAAAACCGUCUCAAAAU